AUGAUGAAGUAUCUGCCCGUAUCGGAAGAAAGGCUUCUGCAGAUUCAGCGAGAUACCGAAGCAGAUGACUCUCUUCAAGUGCUGAAAGCUGCGAUUCAGGAGGGCUGGCCAGAGCAUAAGAGUAACGUGCCUAGUGUCAUUUCUCCUUACUUCAACAUGCGUGAUGAGAUGUCGAUCCAGGAUGGUCGCAUCUUUAAGGGAGAACGCGUCGUGGUUGCACGAGCGUCGACGAGUGAGCUGUUACGACAAAUUCACAACUCACAUCUUGGGCUUGAAGGAAAAACCUACUUAGUCACGUCAGAUUAUUACAGCAAUUUCUUUGAACUGGACCAUUUACGGUCUCCUUCGUCGGUGUGUGUCAUCCGAAAGGUAAAGGCCCACUUUACGCGCCACAGCAUUCCCGAGCAGCUGGUGAUAGAUAACGGUUCACAAUUUACGUCACGCGAUUUCCUGAAAUUCGCGAAAGACUGGGACUUUGAACAUCUGACAAGCAGUCCACACCACAGCCAAGGAAAUGGUCAAGUAGAGAGUGCAGUGAAGGAGGCUAAGAAAAUUCUCAGAAAGUGCAAGUCCAGUGGAUCGGAUGCUUUUCUAGCCUUACUCGAUCAUCGUAACACCCCAUCUGCCGGUAUCCAAAUUAGUCCAGCACAGCGCCUCUUAAACAGAAGGGCUAGAAGUCUACUACCAAUGACAGCUAACCUGCUCGCACCACAGGCAGUUCCAGACAAUGAGCGGUGCCAAGCCAAGCUUGAACAGCGCAAACAGCGACAAGCUCAGUAUUACAACAGAGGGGCUAUUGAUCUGGAUCCGUUAAAGAGAGGAGAUACUGCGAGACUGAAACCGUUCCAGUUGGGCAAGCGCGAAUGGCAGAAAGGAAUUGUACGAAAGCGACUGGAUGAGAGAUCGUACGAGGUUGAGACGCCUUACAAUGUUGUGCGUCGCAACCGUGUUCACCUACGUUUGACAAAUAAGCCAUCACCGCCAUUAACAGACGAGAUGCCUAAUGAGAUAUCUGCUGAGGUAUCAGAGGUGCCCGCUCCCUCUUUUGCACAGUCGUACGAGUCGCAGACUAGUUCUUCUGGAGAAGUUAGUCUACCCACGUCAAGUCAAGGAAGUUCGUCUCCGAGUGGCCCGGAAGUUCCUUCAGCUGCAGUGACGUCACCACCCAAGCUGGUGCUUAGACGAUCAGCGCGUCAGCGACGUCCACCAAAACACUUAAAUGACUUUGUUUUGACAUGA